CGUCGGUACUGUAUAUUACCCACAAUACCUUGCGCUCCGUAGAACAACAAUUUCCUCAGCUUUCUCUUCAACUAAAAAACACAAACCACGGAAUUCAUUUCGGGAAUCCACUCAGCGAGGCUGGGUAUGCUGUUUGUAGUGGAUCAAUCGACCCGCGUUAUUUGGCACAGGUUUUACGCCGGAUGCCCUUCCUGUCGCAACCCUCCCAUUUUUAUCCAGGCUUGGGACUGGCACUGAGAGUCAACUCUUCAGCAGCUGGGGUGGCGCCCUGCCCGGGAAUCGAACCCGGGCCGCAGCAAUGAGAGCGUGGGAUCCUGCCACUGGACCACCAGGAGGCCUUAAGAUGCUUUUACACUAACUAAAUGAAUUUUGGCCUGAUUUUGCUGUUGCAGCAGAUAUCGCACUAAUAAUCCUUUGGUCAUUGCUUGCAGUGUAAAUGCACUGGGGAAAGCUGAACAAGCGAUGGACCAGGACUACGAGCGGCGGCUGCUGCGACAAAUCAAUAUCCAGAAUGCCAACGCCAGCCCCAUCAAAGCCACAGAGGUCAUGUGUGCACUGACCCCCACUAAUUCUCCCCUCUCCUCACCGAGUAAACACGGAGAUCGCUUCAUCCCAUCCCGCGCUGGCGCCAACUGGAGCGUCAACUUCCACCGCAUAAACGAGAACGAGAAGUCGCACAAUCAAAACCGAAAGACAAAAGACGGCACAUCUGACAGCAGUAAAGCAGAUGGCCUGGCAUACUGCGCACUGCUGAAGAACGAGCUGCUGGGAGCGGGCAUCGAGAAGGUGCAGGACCCUCAGACAGAGGACAGGAGGCUACAGCCCUCGACACCUGAGAAGACAAGUCUGUUUAGUUAUUCUCUAAGUGCCAAGCGCUCGCUCCCUGACGACGGCAACAGCGUCUCUCCUUACUCACUCUCGCCUGUCAGCAGUAACAGUCAGAAGCUGUUGCGAUCGCCACGGAAACCCAUGCGCAAGAUUUCCAAAAUUCCCUUCAAGGUGCUGGACGCCCCCGAGCUGCAGGACGACUUUUACCUCAAUCUGGUGGACUGGUCAUCUUUAAACGUGCUCAGCGUCGGCCUCGGCACCUGCGUGUACCUGUGGAGUGCCUGCACCAGCCAGGUGACACGGCUGUGCGAUCUGUCCGUAGAAGGCGACUCGGUCACCUCAGUGGGUUGGUCAGAGAGAGGAAACUUAGUGGCAGUGGGCACUCAUAAGGGCUUCGUACAGAUUUGGGAUGCAGCCGCAGGGAAGAAGCUGUCUGUAUUAGAGGGCCACACAGCCAGAGUUGGAGCAUUAGCAUGGAACGUGGACCAGCUGUCUUCAGGCAGUAGGGACCGCUUGAUCCUGCAACGUGAUAUUCGAGCUCCUCCGCUGCAGUCUGAGCGCAGAUUACAGGGCCACCGACAGGAAGUGUGCGGCCUCAAGUGGAGCACUGAUCACCAGCUCCUUGCCUCCGGCGGCAAUGACAAUAAGCUGCUGGUGUGGAAUCACUCGAGUGUCUUACCCAUGCAGCAAUACACAGAGCAUUCAGCAGCAGUGAAAGCCAUCUCCUGGUCUCCUCAUCAGCACGGGCUGCUGGCGUCAGGCGGCGGCACUGCCGACCGCUGUAUACGCUUCUGGAACACGCUGACCGGGCAGCCGCUGCAGUGCACUGACACAGGCUCGCAGGUCUGCAACCUGGCCUGGUCUAAACACACCAAUGAACUGGUCAGCACACAUGGCUACUCUCAGAAUCAGAUCCUGGUGUGGAAGUAUCCCUCUCUGACACAGGUGGCCAAACUCACUGGCCACUCCUACAGAGUACUCUACCUGGCCAUGUCUCCAGAUGGAGAGGCUAUAGUCACAGGAGCAGGCGACGAGACUCUGCGCUUCUGGAACGUCUUCAGCAAAACCAGAUCUACCAAGGAAUCAAUAUCAGUGUUGAACCUGUUUACAAGGAUCCGAUAAUAUCUGUGCACGUUCGGAGGUUCUUACAUUUAGGACUGCUCUACACUGGUCAUUAACACAACGAAUGACGGACACUUUGAGGCCCCCCCCCCUUCCUGCGGGUUUGUGAAGAAGACAAGGGAGAUGUGGGAACUGCAUCGUCUUACAUUUUACUUGAGUGACAGAAGGAUGUAUCACUGCCAGUGUGAAUGUUUAGCCGCCGGUUCGUCUAGGUUUUUUUGUUUUACCACCGUUAUGCUUUUCUCUGACUGGCUGCAGAAUGUGUUUUGGUUUUGUUCUUGGUGUUUUGUUUUUUUUGUGCCAUUUGAGUUGCAAGGUCAGCCUUAAAUACAGUGUUGAAAUAACUACAGUAGGAUAAAAGUAGGCCUUGGAACGGUGCAGCCUUGGUUGGUAAUAUAUUUGUCUUUAGACAGGGAUUUAAUUUAGACAUAUCAGAGAAACUGCAUUUCAGUUGUUCUAGGUGUUUUAAUCAAUGUCACCUACUAAUUCUACAAAAUCAGUGUAUGCGGUAGGAAAUAUUUCGUUUUAAAUCCUGUUUCUUUUAAGCAUUAACUACACUUUUCCGUGCACACAUUUGAACCAAGAACACAGUGUUAAGUGUCAGAAAUCACAUGCUUGUAAAACCACUAUUUUAAUUCAGAGAUCUGUAAUAUAAAACGUUUGUCUGUUGUUUCAUUCCAAGAUUCGUUUCCCCCCGCUUUUUUUUUUUUUUUUUUGUAUAUCAGGUUUCUUCUUCACUCAUCUCAUGGUGUAAAUGAUGUGCUGUAUCAGUGAGAAUGAAUGCUAUUUAUUUUAAUUUGUGCGACUGAGGUGACUAGCUGAUACUUUGUGUAUGUUGGAAAAAUAGGUGCUUGUUUUUAUUUGCCAUUUAUCAUUUUGUAACAGCUUAAAGAAUGUUAAAAAAAAAAUAUAUAUAUAUAUACAUUAAGUGAAAUAUGUACAUUUUCUCCUCAAAGAGAAUGAAUAAAUCUAA